UUACAACCCAGUUUUGUCACACCAUACCUUGAAUAUAUAAGACCCUCAAUCACAGGAGUUUCAGGACAGAGAAGCAAAGUUACAUCUUAAGCUGCACAGCAACUUACAGACGCCAACAUGAAAGCUCUCGCAACUUUCUUGGUUUUGCUGAAUUACUUUACCAGAUGUCAUGGUUGGAUCUGCACUACUGCUCCUGAGCACUUUGCUGCAGCCCAGGUUGAUGCUGGCAACGGAAUGGUUGUGAUGACUGAUAAAAACUCCAACGCCUUCUUCUUGAGUGAUUCAAGUUGGUCCAAACUGGGCUCUGUUGCUCUCAAGCAUGUCUCAGUGGGACAUGCAGGUGUCUGGGGAGUCGACCGCGACAACACAGUCUAUAAAUUUGCAGCUGGUGAUUUCUUUCCUACUCGUGGUCUAUCGUUAAUCCAGGUGGAUGCUGGAGAAGGUCAAGUAGUUGGAGUUACCAGCCAAAACAGCAUCCAUUGCCUGAACGCCAGCAUUGCCUCUUCCAUUGAGGAGGAGGGCGUCUUGAAGUGGAACACCAUCACUGGGGCAUUGAUGUAUAUCAGCUGUGGUCCACUCGGAUGCUGGGGAGUGAACUCAGCUCAAAAUAUCUACUUUACGAAAGUCUCACCCGAUACCUGUGGCAUCAGUGGCUGGAGUCAAAUAGAUGGAGCUGCUGUAAAAGUUGAAGUUGGGAGUGAUGGAAGGGUCUUUGUUGUAACUCAAUCUGGGACUGUCUUUGAAAGAAUCGGUAUCUCUAAAGCACUUCCACAGGGCACAGCUUGGAGCCAAAUCUCCUUUUGUGUGACCAUCAAACACGUGACCUAUGACCUGGGACGUCUGUGGCUUCUGACUGAUGCUGGUGUCAUCCUGAACUGCAUCUAGUAACCAGCUGGAAGUCUUCACUUCACACAUUCUGUUCCUUCUGAUGACAGUUUUGGGUUAAUCCCAUGUGUUCUUUAUCAGUAGAGGAUCUAGAACAGUCUCCAGGUUAAUCAUGAUAGGGGUUAAAAUCAAGGUGGGGGUACAAGCUAUUGUUCAAUGAUUAAGCUAUAGAUGAUUCCAAGAAUGCAGGAAAUAAAAGGAAAGUUUAAAGUUAUACUUUUUCAAAUGACAUACAACAGUUAAGUUGGAGGUUUCCUUAUUUUGGCAUUCAAUCUUUCAUCUUUAAAAGUAAAACAUUAAAAUGUGAUUUUAAGGAAACAAACUUUUCCACUGAUCAACAGAA